AACAGCAAGGAUAACAGGCGACUGCUAAAGACUCGACGGUCACGCUCGACAGAGAAGCAGGCUCGGAAAAACCAUUGCUCGAAGCCCCGCCCACUCCGAGGCAAACCUAACCCCGCCGCGCCCGGAAGCGCUGUUGCUCGUCUUGGUCACCGGGUGUCGCUGCUGCGCAGGCGUGAAUAAAUUGUCGAAUGGCAGCAGCCGCUGCUCCAGGUCGUCCUUUUUGGCCGCGACCGGCCACCGUCUACCAUUCGGCCGCCGCUGGCCGGAGGUGGCGGACGGAGCGGGUGCGGAAGAGGUGCGGAAGCCGCGAGGGACGGAGCGGGAAAGCGGGCACCAUGAGCGACAUCCGACACUCGCUGCUCCGCCGGGAUGCUUUGAGCGCGGCGAAGGAAGUCCUCUACCACCUGGACAUCUACUUCAGCAGCCAGCUGCAGAACGUGCCGCUGCCCAUCGUGGACAAGGGGCCCGUCGAACUGCUGGAGGAGUUCCUCUUUCAGAUCCCCAAGGAGCGCGGCUCCCAGCCCAAGAGAAUGAACUCACUGCAGGAGCUUCAGCUGCUGGAGAUCAUGUGCAACUAUUUCCAAGAGCAAAGCAAGGACUCUGUCCGGCAGAUCAUUUUCUCCUCCCUCUUCAGCCCUCAAGGAAACAAAGCGGAUGACAGUAGGAUGGCCCUUCUGGGGAAGCUGGUCUCGAUGGCAGUCGCUGUCUGUAGGGUGCCCGUCUUGGAGUGUGCAGCUUCAUGGCUGCAGCGGACGCCAGCUGUCUACUGUGUGAGACUGGCACAGGCCUUGGUGGACGACUACUGCAGUCUGGUGCCGGGUUCCGUCCAGACCCUGAAGCAGAUCUUCAGCGCCAGCCCUCGCUUCUGCUGCCAGUUCAUCACGUCGGUCACCAUGCUCUAUGACAUGUCGUCGGAUGAGCUCAUCCCCCCUCCGGACUUGCUGGAGAUGGUUGUUUCCUGGAUCUUCGAGGACCCCCGCUUGAUCCUCAUCACCUUCUUGAACACGCCCAUUGCAGCCAGCCUGCCGAUUGGGUUUUUGGAGCUCACUCCGCUCAGCAGCCUGAUUCGCUGGUGUGUGAAGGCCCCACUGGCUUACAAAAGGAGGAAGCCCCUUCUGUCGAACGGCCACCUCAACGGGAAGCUGGCUAAGGACUCUUCUGCCUCGGAGAAAGACUGUCAUCCUCUGUAUUCCAAACUGCACCUCAGCGUCCUCCAGGUCCUGAUGAUGCUGCAGGGGCACUUGACUGAAAAGAACUUAUAUGGGCGCCUGGGGCUGGUCCCUUUUGAGCACGUGGUUUCUCUUGUGGAAGAAAUGAGCAGGCUGGCAGAUGAACUCAACCCACCCAAAGAGACUGAGCUGGCGCUUGACCGGCUGGCUCAGGCCUUGCAGGUGGCCAUGGCGUCCGGGGCACUGCUGUGCACGAGAGAGGAUCUAAGGACGGUCUGCUCCAGACUACCCCAUAACAACCUGCUCCAGCUGGUGAUCUCAGGUCCAGUCCAGCAGCAAGCUCAUGCUGCUCUGCAUCCAGGAUUUUAUCCACCAAUCCACACCCCUCCUCUGGGGUAUCCUACCCACCCGGCACACCCAGCAAUGCCAGCACACCCUGCUCUCCCUGCCCAUCCUGUACAGACGUUCAUCCCGGGCGUACCGUUUCCCUACCGCCCUAUCCGCUGAAUGGCAUGUGAGCUCCAAGAAUCUAUUUUCCACUGACUGACUGGAGAAGCCCUCAGGGAGAGUGCUAAAUCCUUUGGGGGAAACCAUGUGUCACCAUCUUUAGUCUUGUGAAGUGCUCUCUAGAGGUAAAGAUUUCUUCUCCAGCAGGAAGAUUUUGCAAGCAUUAGAUAUCACAAUGGGACCGGUGCUGUUUUGAUUUUUUUAAAAGACAAAAUUUAUUGUAUGGAUAAGAAGAGACACCAAGGCCCCAAAAUGGAUGGGACAGCUUCUGUCAACUUGUGUUAAACAGGGCCCUGGAAUGGUGAAGCUCUGUUUGUCAUCUGCUGGGCCUGCUGUCAACACCUUUGUGGGACCUGACCUCCCCCUUCAGGAAAACCUUUGGUUGCUUCAUGUGGAAAAGAGGAAGGAGAACAGCCACUUCAUGUUUUGUAAACAGUGCCCUUGGCCUUUUCCUGUAUAUCCCAAUUUGAGAGUCUGGAUGUUUGUUUUUUAAAAACUGCAGGUUUUUGCUUCAAGAGUAGCCACCUCCGGCAUUUUCUUUCCGGGGGUGGGGGAGAAAAUGAUCUCUGACUCUGUUUCUUUGAUAUUGUUUGACAAAUCUAUAUUUGAUUAGAAAAAGAUCUUUUCCUUCCUUGAUUUGCUUUGGGUGGCAGCUUGUGAUGUCUUUUUAGAGGUUCAAACUAGGUGUGUGUGUAAAUGCAGGUACUCAUCUGCCAAAGUUCAUGUUUUUAAGCAAAAAUUAAAGUUCUCCCUCAGUG